AUGGUGACAUUGACCAUGGGCCAGAAGUGGGAAGAGAGCUGGCAACCAGAGCAGUUGAAGCCGAUGAUAGCUUGGUGCUGGAUGCAUUCAGAGAUAACCAACAUCACCAAAGUGAUGGAAUUCCUGGUCCUGGGGUUCUCAGAGGUCUGGGAGCUGCGGCCGGUCCAUGACACGCUGUUCCUCCCGAUCUACCUGGCGUCCCGGAUGGGGAAUCUCCUCAUCACCAUUCUCGACUAUUCUCGAGGAUAUGCCUCCACACCCAAGUCGAGAGAUUCAGAUCACCAAGAAAUGAGCAAUCACAUGAUGGUGAUGGAAUUCCUCCUCCUGGGUUUCUCAGAGGUCUGGGAGAUGUGCCUGGUCCACUAUGUGCUUUUCCUCCUGUUCUACUUUGUGGCCCUGGCGGGAAAUCUCCUCAUCAUCGCCGUCAUAGCCCAUGAAUGGCGCCUCCACACCCUCAUGAGCCUGACGACGGUGAUACAUACAGCCGGCACCUUCUCUCCCUCCUUCUGUGGGUCCAAUUACAUCCAUCAGUUCUUCUGUGGCAUUCCUCAAUUGCCCCUCAUAUACUGCUCUCAAGAAACCUUCGGAGAGGUUGUGCCCAUCAUCAAGGGUAUUGUUCUGGACUUCUGGUGCUUUCUAGUCACUGGCGUUUCUUAUAUCUUCAUCUUCACUGUCAUCUUGAAGAUUUCAACUGUAGAAUGUCGAUCCAAAACCUUUGCCACCUGUCUGCCCAACCUUGCCAUCAUAAUCCUUUUUUUCUUUGGAUUUUUCUCCUACUUCAAGUCGCCAUCUGAUUUUGCCUCCAUGCUAGACCUGCUGGUGUCCUUGUACUACAUGGUGGAGGGACUCCACAUCUCCCUCCAGGCUCUGGUGUCUCUGGACGUCUUCCUCCUGCUUGUAAAGGACUCAUAG